AUCUAUUUUGACAUUUCUGAUACCACCGUGUUUGGUUGAAGUAACCGAACUUUGAACUUUGAACAUACAAAAAAUAAUCAAUUAAUCAAUAAAUUAUUUUCAAACUUAUAGGGAAAGACGAAGAUUUAUUUCAAAAUGUUGUCGCAGUUCUCUAAAUCUAGUUAUGCAUCCAUCAAAUCUGUGCCUCGGAUGCUUACAAGACUGUACUCAUCAGAAAUUCCUCAAUUUGAGACAUUCGCUGUGUCCAUGCCGAAGAAAAAUGUAUUCCACGUGGAAAUGAACAGGCCGAAACAAUUAAACACAUUUAGCAAAAAUAUGUGGAGCGAAAUGAAAGAGUGCUUUAUGUCUCUGAGUAACAAUCCAGAAUGCAGAGUUGUGGUUCUGUCUGGGAGGGGAAAGCAUUUUACUGGUGGGAUAGACUUCAACAGUCUUAUAGCAGAAGGCAACAAGAUAUCCGAAAUUGAAGAUGUAGGACGAAGGGGUAGAAUGUUCGAGAAAAUGAUAGUGAAGUUUCAGGACGGAAUAACGGCUUUGGAAGACUGCGUCAAACCGGUUCUGGUGGUUUCGCACAACGCGUGUGUCGGCGCUGGCGUCGAUCUUAUAACAGCUGCUGAUGUGAGAUAUUGCACACAGGACGCCUGGUUCCAGGUCAAAGAAGUCGACCUAGGUUUAGCCGCGGACGUAGGAACUCUACAGAGAUUACCCAAGGUCAUAGGCAAUACGUCAAUAGCAAGGGAACUAUGCUUCACAGCUAGAAAGCUACAAGCGAAGGAAGCAUUGGAAAUAGGUCUUGUUAGUAAGAUAUUCCCAGAUCAAGAGACGGCAAUAAAGGAAGUAUUAGAGAUCGCCGAGACGAUAGCUAAGAAGAGUCCCGUAGCGGUGCAAAAUACGAAAAUAUGCAUGGUGUAUUCUCAGAGCAGGACCACUAAAGAUGGAUUGGAACACAUUAAACUAGUGAACCAAAUGGCUUUACAAAGCGAAGAUUUGCGGAAGGCAGCUUUAGCGCAAGCCACCAAGACUGAAACUGAAUUUGAAAAUCUGUAAAU